AUGGAAGCGUUCGAAGAGGCAAUAGCGGCCUCAAAGGAGCAAUCUUUGAUCCUUAAAGGAAAGCGGACGAAGCGACAACGUCCACAAUCUCCUAUUCCUUUCUCUAUCUCCCCUGCUAUAGUUUCUUCCCCGGCAGGCGAAGAGUCCACUGAUCUUGAUUCCAAGGACAAUGCUUUAGGAAUUAAUGUCGAAAACCGUAAAAAGGAUGGUGUGAUCACGUCUUCAUCUUCAUCAGCCUCUUGGUCCUCCAACAACAACCAAACAUUAAAGACAGUAGAAGACGAGGAAGAUCAAGACAUAGCCAAUUGUUUGAUGCUCCUUGCUCAAGGACAUUCUCUUCCCAACCACAACCAACAGCUUAAGAUACCUUACCACGAAACAAACAACAACAACAAUAACGCGUAUAGAUUUAGCAGCAGGAGGUUUUUAGAGACUUCUUCAUCUAACGGUGGUGGUAAAGCCGGUUACUACGUUUAUCAGUGCAAAACAUGUGACCGGACCUUUCCUUCUUUUCAGGCUUUAGGCGGCCAUAGAGCUAGCCACAAGAAACCUAAAGCCACAUCCUUUUACUCCAACCUUGACCUUAAGAAGAACAUAUAUGAAAACGACGCCGUUUCAUUGGCCACAACGACAACUAUUUACAAUAACACCAAGAACAAUAGCAAUAGAUCGCUUGUCGUGUACGGUAAGGCAGGUAACAAUAAGGUUCAUGAAUGUGGAAUCUGUGGAGCCGAGUUUACGUCUGGACAAGCUUUAGGUGGCCACAUGAGACGGCAUAGAGGCGCGGUGGUUGUCGCGGCGGCCGCCCCUCCCACCGUUACAGUGGCCACGGCUGCGGCCAACACGGAGCUAUCACUGUCUUCGAUGUCGUUCGAUCAAAUAUCGGACGGCCAAGAUCAUCUAGUGAUGCCAGCGACAAAGAGAGCUAAGAAGACGGUCGUGUCGUUGGAUUUGGAUCUGAAUCUACCCGCACCGGAAGAUGAGAAUCGGGUCAACGGAUUCAACUUUGUUGUGAAGGAAAAACAGGAACAAGAACAUCAACAAAACAAGCAAAGAGAAGAACCAGAGUCUCUUGUCUUGUCUGCUCCUACAUUGGUGGAUUGCCAUUACUGA